UUCGCUUGUUUUAGCAGUCACACUCUUAUUGUUCUGGUUCAGUCUGAGAGCCCUCAUCCAGCCUGUCUCACCAGCUGUUAGCAGUAAAAAAGCUCCGAUAGAGCCACCGUCCUGUCCACUGCAGAUCAGCAGCUGAUAGCAGACACUGUCGGAGCUAGUGGAGACUGACACAGAGGCAGGGGAUGGCAUUAGGGAACAGGAGAGGAGAUGUUGGAUUCUCAUUCAUCAGGUGGUCAAAGAAUUACAAACCCAUAAUCCACAAUCCCCACUGUAAACUGGCUGGAUGAGGACCAUUUCUUUAUCAGAAGCACUUGUUCGAGCCAGGAUUCCUCAAGACCUUGUGAAGGUUCUUGGUGUUGAGUCUCAGAGCAGCUCUAAAGCAGAGGCCUUCACCCAGGCCUUCCUGAAGAACAGCAUUCAGCAGCAUGCACGACAUGACCUGAAGAGCAUGUUGAGUCACAAGGCCGUGGUCCUGGGCUACUCCAGGCCCAAGAAGGACAAGACGAGGAGAAACAGCAAGAAAGCCAAAGGACUGAACGCUCGUCAGAAGAGGGCGAUGAAGAUCUUCCAGAUCAAGCCUGAACACCAGAGAUACGAGCUCUUCCUGCCUCUGCAUGAACUCUGGAGACAGUACAUUAUUGACCUAUGCAAUGGAUUGAAACCAACAUGUAGUCCACAGAGUGUGCAGCAGAAGCUUCUGAAGGCUGACUUCCAUGGUGCCAUCAUCACAGUCCUCCGGUCUAAAUGUCCAUCAUAUGUAGGAACUACGGGGAUUCUAGUCCAAGAGUUUAAACAUGUCUUCAAGAUCAUCACCAAGGAGGACAGACUGAAAGUGAUCCCUAAGAGGAACAGUGUGUUCACAGUGGAGAUCAACGGCUUCAUCUCUCACAUCUAUGGCAGCAAGUUUGAGCAGCGAGCCGGGGAGCGCUCCGCCAAGAGGUUUAAAGUGAGGGGAACUCUCGACUUGUAAUGGCACUGGGUGCCAAUGUUUUGGAGGACUAAAAGUCAGGAGAGCUCUGUCUCUUGCAAGUCUCUGUGGAAUAUCAUAGUGAAUUGCUGGAAUUGCUGCCACUUUAAGGAGUCAAUGUAGAAACACUGAGACAGGAUUUUGCUGCAUGUGUGUUGUUUAUUAGGGCUUUGUUAAAAACCAGUGGUGUGUCUAACUGACUGUUGCUACAUUCACAUGGCGACUGUUCCGCACAUGCUGUUUCUGAUUAAGUUCUAUAGUCAAAUAUGUCUGUGAGAAGAUUUCAUUCCAUUCUGUCAUUAAUAAGUGUUCAACACCUGGGAGUGAUGAUGCUCACCCUGUUCAUUAAAACUGGGUAUCAGACUUACCUAAAUGUCUCUGUUACAGAUGUGGCACAUUGAGACAAAAAGUUAAUGCUUAGAAUUUGAGAAAUGUGUCUUAUUUUGUUUAAAAAAUGUUUUGGAAAGCCAUGUUUGGGCCCUGCGAUGGACUGGACCUGUCCAGGUGUACUCUGCCUCUCGCCCAAUAGGCUCUUUGCAGUGUUGAGGACAGUGUAAAUCUUUGUUGUAACAUUGGGAAACAUUAUGCAGGACUUCCUUUUUCCUUUUUGUAACAGACAAUGUGAAACAUGGCAGUCUGUGAGUUGUUUGUGACUGACCACAAAUACUGAAUAAUGAUUCAGAGUAACAA